UAGGGAGGGAGGGAGUUCACUGUUCAGCUGUGGAAUUGGAAGUGAAACUCACAUGUAAACUGUCCAUGCAAAAAUACCCUUGCACUGGAUGGCUGGUAGCUGUACAGCUCUAAAUUCUUUGUGCUGAGAUUUUCCUCUGUCCAUAGCAGCAAACGUCGAUUUAUGUGUUUUAUCACCAGUGUGCAGAGAUGGACAUGGACCGUCAAAAGCGCCAGAAGGGCAUUCAGAACGCCCUGGGAUUCAUACAGUCUUCUUUGCCUUAUCCAAAGCCUGAAGGCUAUAAGGGGUUUCUGACCCAGUUGGUGUGUGACCUGCUGGAUGAGGGGAAUGCAAUGUUCAGGGAGGGUGAGUGGCAGCAGGCCAUAAAGGACUUCAGUGAGGGUGUUAACGUGGCCCACUAUGCCCAGGCUGAGUCUCUAGAAAUUCCCUCAGCCCUACUGGAGAGUCUGUAUUUCAACAGGGCAGCAGCCUACCACAGCAUGGGGGAGUAUGAGCAGGGUGUGCAGGACUGUGACAGUGCGCUGGCGCUGUGCAAAGACAGUUGCAGGGCACUCUACAGGAAGGCUCUAUGCCUGCGGGAGCUGGGCCGCUUCAGAGAGGCCUACAACUGCAGCACGGGCUGCCUGCUCACUACGCCUAACGACAAACACGUGUAUGAGUUGGCACAGGAGCUAGCUAACAAACUGGGCCUGAAGAUACGCAAGGCCUACGUUAGCACACAGGAGUCGGCCACAUCUGAGCAAAGUAAUGGGAACACAGUUCCUUUUGCAGGAGAGAUGUAUGGCAGUGGUCUGGAUUCCUUAAGUGACAUUUCAUCAGUUGUAUUCUCCUGCAAGCCUCUAUCUGCCGCUAUCCCAGUUAGUGAUGAAUCCUCUCCCUCUGGUCCUCUGGUCUACUCCAACCUUCUGGGUAGCCCUGUCCAAGGCCCUCGGGGGUUGCCCUUCUCUGUGCCUGAGUCAGAGCACCUGGGUGACAGUGAGCUGAUGGGAGAUGAUCUAGACAGCCUGCUGGACUGUAUUCCCCCUCAACGUGCCUUUCCCAUCAUCCUCCCCAGCUCAGCUUGUGUCCCCAUCCAGCUCCCGUUUCCCUCAGGCCUGCCCGCACCCUCGCCCCGGCUCCCCCCAGCCUUCUUCAACUCAGCCAUCAGCCAGCUCAACUCUCUGGACACCUUCCCAGGCAUGGGUGGGGAGGAUGCCCUAGGUGUGCUGAACUCUUUAGAUGGCCUUGAUGCACUAGACUCUCUAGAUACUUUAAACAACCUGGACACCCUUUCAGACCUUGGUGGUGGGGAUGCCCCGGCUCCCACAACAGCACUCUAUUCACUUGAUGCCUUAGAUGCCCUGGACAGUUUUUACCCACUUGGGGGUGCAAUAGCAGCCAAACCAGUGGUGGUGGGGGGAGGGGGGCUGGACUCCCUCUCUAAAUUCAACCUGCCUGGUGCAAUAAUCUCCCACAAUGUUCUCUCUGCAACAUGUUCGCCCAAAAAGUCCAAACACACAGUGGUAAAGAAUGGCCAGGUCUCCUCCAAGCUUUCUCAGCUUAUCAAGAACCCCCUAGCAGCCACCCAUGACUUCAUGCAGGCCUGUGCCACGUGCUACAGCUGGAUAGGUCCAGGGGUCCUGGACUACCAGCACCAGGAAGAAUUGGCCCACCGUUGUAAGCGGGACAUUCUUCUGUGUAGGAUCAGGGCUGCAGAGCACCCUGUCUGGAACAGGGUGCGACCCCGCCCCACACACAAUUUUACUGGGCCGUUUGUGCUCUGCAAGGAGGUGCUGGAGACUCAGAAGUGUAAGUACAGGGCGGGCUGUACGUUUGCCUACUGCCAGGAGGAAGUAGAUGUGUGGACCCUGGAGAGGAAGGGAGCCCUGAACAGAGAGCUGCUGUUUGACUCACAGAGCCCCAACAAUGACAGGCCCACACUCAGCAUCAAAUGCCUACUGCAGCUCCACAACGGCAUGUUCAUGUACCUCUGUGAGGAGUGCUAUGACAGUAAGCCCAGGAUCAUCAGUAAGCACAGUAAGGAGGUGCCGUCCACCUGCUCCAACCCCUGCGCCCGACACCCAUUCGACAAAAACAAGUGCCUGGUGCAUGCGGUGAGGUCCAGCAGCGUGCACUACACUAAGAUCCGCCCGCUGUAUACCCAGUGCCAGUUGGACGUGUGCCGCCAUGCCCAGCGCUAUGGCUGCCAGCGAGAGGACAGCUGCUCCUUUGCCCACUCUGUCAUAGAGCUCAAGUGCUGGAGGCUGCAGCAAGACUCUGGCAUCACUCAUGAAGAAAUUGUUCAGGAAUCCAAGCGACACUGGCAUAAAAAACAGGAGCAGAACACACACAAACCAAAGCCGGUGUACAUGCCACCACCAUCUUCAUCCUCAAGUGGUGGAGGAGGCAAUAGCUUGAAUCUGAAGAAGAAGUUUGUUUGUGGUCAGUGCUGGAGGGACGGGCUGGUCAGCGAGCCGGACAAAGCGCUUAAGUACUGUGCAGCCAAGGCCAGGCACAGUUGGACGAAGGAGCGUCGGGUGCUGUUGGUGAAGUUCUUAGAGGGAAAGAAAUGGGUGAUGGUGCGGACGUUGCCUUUAGCCAAGACCUACCCCCAGCAGUAUGACAUAUGUGCCAAUGUGGUGAAGCAGAAGAAGUGCCACUACAUUGGGAACUGUGCCUUUGCCCACAGUGAAGAGGAGAAGCAAGUAUGGACUUAUAUGAAGAACAAUGGCUUGAAGGAUAUUCAGCAGAUGUACGACAUGUGGCUUACAAAUCAAAACCGUCCGGCGGAUGACACCCUGAUCACCCAACACAUAGAGGAGAAGCAAAUUGUCAUGCCAACCGACUAUGCCGAGCCAAUGAGCGGCUUCCACUGUCGUCUGUGUGGGAGGCAUAGUAACAGUGAGCGCCAGUGGCAGCAGCACAUCUCCUCAGAGAAACACAAGGACCGUGUAUUCAGCUGCGAGGGAGAAGACGAGAGCCUCACCUGGACAUACCGCUUCCCCGGACUCCGCCUCGCCCUUUGUCCCAGGCUGGAGAGUGGCUGUCUCGAGGGGGUGAGCUGUGACUACGCCCACAGUGCUGAGGAGCUGGUGGAAUGGCAGGAGAGGCGGGAAUUCCUGCGGCGGAAGCUGGCCAAGGCCCGUGAAGACAUGCUCAUCAUGCCAGACGAGUUUGACUUUGGGAAGUACAACUUUCUCCUACAGGACUGAAGCCCCUGUCCUCUAUGUGAGACACUUGUACCUGUAAACAGACAGCAGUCGUCUGUUUUGUUGAAAACCCUGGGGGGUAUUUUCUUCAUUAGUUCGGUAUUAGUUAACAGUUAAUACAGUUUAUACCUGUUUGAGCUGGUUAGGACUGCAAGUGCCUUACUUGUCCAAUAUUUUCAAAAGGGCUUAACAAAUGAGAUCUUGGUGCCUAAUUUGAGUGGGGGGGAAAAGUAAUUUAGCACUGCCAUUUAACAAAACCGUACCGAUCAAAUAUCUCCAUUACUAGUCUGUUUAGUCUAUGUAUGUCUUAUUGAGGGAUAUGAAGAAAUCAUUUAAGCUUGCGUUCUGAUUGGACUCUUUAUUACAACCCUCAAACAUUCACAAAUGUUCUUCCAUCAAAUGAAAACCGAUUUGCUGGAAGGCACAAGUUAUUCACUUUCACUUUGUUAAUGUGUCUUAUGCCACUUAAAGCUGCAAUGUGUAACUUUUUCGGUGACCUGAGCAAAUUUACAUAGAAAUGUUAGUUAGAGCUGUCAUUCUCAUAGAACAGAUCAUUCAAUGUGCCCUAUUGCUAUGCUUAAUGUUCUUAAGUUUUGUUUUUGUACACCAGCUUCAAACAGCUGAAAAUACUGUAUUUUUGGUUAUUGGAAAGAUAUUUCACAAUUAAGAUGGUACAAUGAUUCUCUACAUUUGCUUGUUUUGUCACAAACUGAAAUUAGGCAAAGUGUUUUAAUUUUAGCAACCAGGAAAUUGUGAGUGAUUUCUGUAUAUUGCAUCUUUAAAGAAUUUGCUGCUGCCAUUGUAGACAAACAUUACAGAAUGUGAUCACAGUAAUACAGGGGUACUGCAGGAUGUUCAUGGAAAUAUAUAAAAACACAUUUUAUUUCAAUGUUUUAUUCAAUAUUGUGAGCAACAAGAUUAAACAUUUUUUAAAAUUA